CCCACUAGAGAAAGAAUCUGAUAUACCACACGAAAAUAUGGCCGCCCUUUAAGCCUUAUCUUUUAUUUAUUUUGGGGGUGCUAAGGCCAGAGGGUGGAGCGAAGUCAGUCUUCACAUUACAUCUUCGGUGGACAGUGAGUGUCUUGUCCGAAUGUGGUUGGUUCUCGGUUAGUGGGUGGGUUAGCUCUUGAGAAAGGUCCGGUUCAUUGUGCACCAGAGAACUGCCCCAAUAGAGAGAUCCGAGCUUUUCAAUCUCCUUAGUCUUCCUUGUCAGUUUUCUUCGUCCUUCCUCAUUCAUGAGUAAUAUCCUGAAAAAAGAAAUCACUUCCCUCCCUCUGCAAGAAUGUCCUGACGAAGCUUGAGCUUUCCCAGGGCUCAAGUCAGUUCGUCCUCAGAUCUUCUGGAUUGUGCUCAUUUCACUCUCAACACCAUACUCACUUGACUCUUUCCUCUCCGCAAUAGAAUAAGUAGUCAUUCAUUGCCAAGGUUAGACUACUCCUCAAAUCACUAUUGGCGACUUGAACACAGUUCAGGAAAACACCAUGGCAGCAUUUUCGAAACGUCUCAUGAACACCAUGAACACGUAUUUCGACAAGGACCCGGGUAAACCUCAUGGCACAAUGUCAGAACCUCCUGCAUCCCAAACGUCCACACACAAGACCUCGGAACAAUUAACUGGCCGUCAAAUUUUGAAAGUCCAAGGUCCAAUUCUGGCGGAUGUGUCCAAGCGAGAUACUGUCUUGGAGAACAAAGUCUUGAAAUGGAUUAUGAGCGUCAUCAAUGAGGAGCCAAACACGGAUUACGAUCACUUCAUUCAAGACGGAUCUGUACUCUCCAAGGUUAUGACAUCGAUUGUGUUCAAUUCCGUGCCAAUGGAAGACAUUGACCAAAGCUGGGGAUCGAACCCGGCUCACGACCGAGUGACUGCCGUAAUUCGCGAAAUUCGAAGGUACGGUGUAGUGGAUGUGUUUGAACCACAGGAUCUGAUCGAGAUGAAGAAUAUUCCUAAAGUCACCAAAUGCCUGGCACAGCUCUCUAAAUUGGCUGCCUCGGACAAGGACAAUCUGUUGAACCUCUAAACAUUGGCCAUCACUUGUUACCAACGUUUCCUCUUAUUUGUACAGAACUGAUUUUAUAAAACAAAAGCACACUCACCCAAGAAUUGAGUAGCUUGGUAGGUUUCUAGUCAGAUCUAAAUCGCCCAUCUGCACUCUUAGUGCCAAUCUGUGGGGUCGCUUUCUUCCCUUUCAUCCCUUGUUUAUCGCUUUAUAACACCUAUAACCAUCAUUCAUACAGACCUAUAUAGAAUGUUUAUAUAUAAAAACAGAUACUAUCUAUCAUAGAAAUAAAAAAAUGCAACCACGAGAA